AUGUGUUGAUUCCGGCAGUUCCUGCAUCCAUCUGAAGACGACUUGUAUAAGUUGAUCAGAUUCUUGGUGGAGAGGCUUUCUGAAUUGCCUAAAGGCAUAAAAGUUGCUGAAGUAAAGGAAAUUAAUGCUAGAAGGAAAAUAAACGAGGAUAGCAUUGAAAUCACUUUCAAGGAUAGUGAAGGAAUAAAAUUGGAUAAUCAGAAAGUUGAGAUCAAACUUAAAGAGGACUUAUUGAAGAAUGAAGUACCAGAGUCAGUCAAUUAUGGGACUGAAACUGUAUCCACCAGUGGGUCUUAUAGAGGUGAGUUUAUCCCUCCUGAGAUGGAGGAAGCAGCUUCAGGUGAUGUUUUAAGCUCUGGAGAACAAGAUUUCAACCAGAUUGAGCCAGCUAAUAUUCUUUCUCGGACAGACUCAACUGAAGAGCCCAAGAAGUCAAAAGAAGCAUCUAGAAAUAAAGAAACUGUGAUUCUGAGAGAUGACAAACUGUUGUCAGCAUCUGAACAGAAAGAAACUUCUCUUUCUUCCAAGAUAAGAAAUGAGGCAGAAAGUUUACAUAAUCCAGAAGAGUUUAUGGGAGCAGUGAUUGCAAAGACCUCAAAAUCAAGGAACCUUGAAGAAGAGUUUGAUUUGUUAAAGGCAGCAGCAGGAAUGGCAUUGGAUGAUUCACAUCCUAUCGCGUUUUACCUUGAGCAGCUUGAUGAACAGAUAAAUACUAGAAAGUGUAAUCUUGUUGAGAUAGAGUCACAGUGGGAUGAAUCUAGAAAAUCUUUGGAAGAGAAAAAGAGAAGUCUUGAAGAAUCUAUUCUUGCGAACGAUCCAGAGGCUCAAGAAAAGCUCCAAAAGCUAAGAGAAGUUGAACUGGAAUGACAGUCUGUUUUAUCUGAAAUUCGAAAGAGGGAGGAUGAAUACUCUAAACUCUCUGCAGAGCUUGAGAAGCAGUCCAAAGUGGCAUCUAGAAGAUCCUACAUUGAGCGGGUAAAGGAGAUCACAAAGAACAGUAGGAAACAAGAUGCAGACAUUGAACGAAUAUUGAAAGAAACUAGGGAGCUCCAGUUAGAGAGUAAUUCUAUCCAAGAACGUCUUCAUCGAACCUAUGCUAUUGUAGAUGAGAUGGUUUUCAGGGAAGCAAAAAAGGACUCAGUUGGCCGGCAGGCUUAUAGACUUCUCACUAGCAUACAUGGGAGCUUCGAGCAAGUCUCAGAGAAAAUCCUGGCCACUGAUAGAAUACGACGUGAAAUCACUGAAUACGAAAAGAAGCUAGCAGCCAUGGCUUCCCGAAGCUUAAAUGUGGACAAACUACAAGCUGAUCUCGAUGUCAUUCUGAAGGAAAAUGAGCACCUUGAACAAUGUCAUAAAGAAUAUGGUUGGAACCCACUCCAAUAACUCAAUAAUUGGGCUGGACCAUAGGUUUUUCAUGAGUUUGGGUAGAAUUGUUCUUCUUAGAAUAGUCAAGCCAUGCACAACAUGGCAACAAAUCCAUUUUGUUCUUCAUUUGUUGACAAUUAUUGCUCAUCAGAUGUAUUUUUUUUUUUUUUUAAUGACAAAUUUGAAUUUAAUCAGAGUACACAUACUCAGAACGUAUUGAUUUAUCAGAAGGGUGCUGUAUAAAAGAUGUACACAUUUUCUUUUUCUCUUUCUUUACUUUUAAUUCUCAGAAUCUAAUGAAACUGGAAACACAGUUCCUCCUUUGGGAAAUAGGUCAUGUAAGA